AGGCUCCGCUUCUCCCUUCGCUUCGCCGGGAUCUUAGCCACAGCUGCCCCGGCGGAGGUGGGCGGAGGAGGGCAGCGGCUGUUUUCUGGGAGGAGGGUCACGUGAGGCCUUUCCGUGUUAUAAGAGGAGGCGAACUACCGUGGUUUAGGAACAUCUGUUUUCAAACGUCACCGGGAAGCGCGCUGGGACGGGAUUGCGAAGUGGACUGAGGUAGGACAGGGCGGGGGGUGCUGCCCCGGGUGCUCCGCGGGCGACCCCUGUCCCCGGGUAGCUGGCGGGCGACAGGGGCUGCCUGGGGAGGAGGCGCGGCGCCUCGGGAGAUUUCUUUCCCACCUGAGCUCCCGUGGACUCUGCCGAGCUUCAGGGAGGCGCUGGCAGCGCUCCCGGCGGCGGAGGCGGCAGGUUCUCGAGCCUCCGGAGAGCGGAGGGUCGAGCUACGCUGGGGUUUCUCCACUUUUCUAGCCACCCACUUCUCUCUCCUACCCGGUUGCUUAAGUUUGGACCACCUCACCUGCGCGAGAUUUUCAGAGUGGGACUAAGGUGAUGGUCCUCGGAGCAUCUCCAAGCCAGGGCAAAACUGAAGACGUCCCUAAUGGGUGCAAUUAGGUUUUAUUAAAGCUUGGGUAGGAGUCACUUCUCAGGACGUCGGUGUUUGCGUCAGGUAUCCGAACUGCCAAGGGUAGGGCUAUCCCACAGGCCUUGAGAAGCUUGCGAUUUCAGACUUUUAUUUACUUUUUUUGAGAGGCCAUCAGGCGGAACCAAGCAGCAGUGAAUCAGCAGCUCGAGUUUCUUGAAUCUUUGAUGAUGGGGAAGGUUGCCCAGAGCCACGUGCUGGGUUAAAAAUCUGACUUCAGCAUCUUUCCAAAUCCAGGAGGCGCAUUAGUUUCCUACUUUUCCCACCAGUAAAGUUGUAUAAAUGGAGUUGAGUAAGCGGACCUAUUGUUACGUUAUGUUUAGUCCUGUCAUUUGGUUGGUCUAUAUCCCUAAGGAGAAAAUAUGGAUUGCAUAUUAAUUGUUCUCUAAGCGGUUAGCCUCAGCAGUGUGCAGGUUUGUUGGAAAGGACAAAAGAAGAUGGCAACUCCUUAUGUCCCAGUUCCUAUGCCCAUAGGAAACUCUGCUUCCAGUUUUACAACCAACAGAAACCAAAGAAGUUCUUCUUUUGGCAGUAUCUCAACUAGUUCAAACUCUUCCAAAGGCCAGUUAGAAGACUCAAAUAUGGGUAACUAUAAACAGACAAGUGUGCCUGUUCAAAUGGACAGUACUUCAUCCAUCUAUAGCAGUCCUCUCAUUAGGGCUAAAUUUACAGGUACAGAUUCUUCCGUUGAAUAUUCAACUAGACCGAGAGAAAGUGAAGAACAAAAUCCUGAGACACUGAAUUGGGAAGAUAGACCAUCUACACCCACCAUACUUGGUUAUGAAGUGAUGGAAGAAAGAGCUAAAUUUACUGUGUAUAAAAUACUAGUAAAGAAAACCUCAGAAGAAAGCUGGGUAGUGUUCAGAAGAUACACUGACUUCUCUAGGCUUAAUGACAAAUUAAAGGAGAUGUUUCCAGGGUUUCGAUUAUCACUUCCACCAAAACGCUGGUUUAAAGAUAAUUAUAAUGCUGACUUCUUAGAAGAUAGACAAUUAGGAUUACAAGCUUUUCUUCAAAAUUUAGUAGCUCACAAGGAUAUUGCUAACUGCCUUGCAGUGAGAGAAUUUCUUUGUCUGGAUGAUCCCCCAGGUCCAUUUGAUAGUCUAGAAGAAAGCAGGGCUUUCUGUGAAACUUUAGAAGAAACAAACUACCAUUUACAGAAAGAACUACUUGAGAAACAAAAAGAGGUAGAAUCACUGAAGAAACUGCUCAAUGAGAAGCAACUUCAUAUAGAUACCCUAGAGAACACAAUCAGAACAUUGUCUUUGGAAACUGAAGAAUCACUGCCUGUGUCCGGAACAGAAGGUGGACAGAUCCUAAAGAUGGAGUCCUCUAUACUUGAGGCUGAUCAAAUUAUCUUUGACGGCAAAUCUAGAGUUGAUAAUAUGCCAUGCAUAAGUUUUAGUGAACCUGAAAAUUCUGUAUCAGAUAUAGAAGUUGCAGAAGUGGCAUAUAAUGCUGAAGAAGACUAACACGGUUCAAGCAUUUUCCUCUAUUUUGAAUUUCAGCAAAUUUAGAAUAGAGUGUCAAAUCUUACUUUAAAAAAAAAAGACUGUGAAGCAUUUCCAGAAAAAAACAGGAGUGCACGCGUAUAAAGUUUACAUAAAGAAAAAUUUUUAAGUUAUUGAAAUAGGAAAUAUAUUCCCAGCUGCUUUUGUCUUUUUUCCAGUCUUCGUAUUUAAUACACUAAAAAAAAUCUAGUUAGAAUUCUAUUACCAAGGCCUACAUUCUUCAAUACUGUACAUAAAUUAUUAUGGUGUUUUGCCAAUAUUUUGCUCCAAACUAAUGUGUGUAUGUAUAUGUAUGUAUAUGUUUGUGUGUGUGUGUAUUUUAAUCCUCAGUUAUAUUAGUCAAAUGGAAAUUAAUUGCAUGUUGCUAUCUGGGUGAUAUAUGCUCUUUUGUAUUUCUCAUAUAAUAUAUUUUCAUUAAUAGUUUAAAUUAAUGGCCAACAUAGUAAAGAUAAAGAUAAGAUGAAUUUUAAAGUUGCUCCUUUGGAAUGUUAAUGCUGUUUAAAAGAGGAAGAUGGCUUUCUGAUACCGAGGGAAAACUACUUGAAAGAGCUAUAAUCACAGACUAAAACCUGUGAUUUUAAAAUAGCCUUGAUUUUAAAAGCUAAUUCAUUAAUAUCAAGGUAGUAUAAGUGUCCCACCUUAUUAUUACGUUUUAAUUCUUUAUUUGAGAUAAUCGUUAUCUUAAAUCUUUACCUACAGAAUCAUUGAAUUUGCCUUUCUCAGGACACUACCUCCUUUUAAGGUAAUCAAGGCAUUUUUUUUUUUGGAAAUUAUAUGAGGAUUCUAACCAAAUAAGGAGUUAUAUAAAAAGAAAACAAAAUAAAAAGCCAUUUAUACUGCAAAGUUCCUAAUUAUGUUGACUCCUCUGGCAUUGCAUUUUUAUUUCUAUAUUUGUGAAGGUGUUGCUCUAAUGUAUUGUGGCUGAUUUUCUUUUUAAUAUAUUUAGCCAAGUGAUGCACUUUAUUAUAAUUAAACUCUUUUGUGCCAAGUUUCAUUGGUGAAUUUCUUUAGUCAGUGGAGUCAGGGGGAAGAAAUAUGUAGUGCCUUUACUAUUUCACUUUUUACAAAAGUUCCCUAGGGUCUGUGAUUGAGUCAGCUUUAUGAAAAAAUGUUUUGUGUUUAUUUCAACUUUGCAUUUGGAUAUUGAAAGUGCCUUGUUUCGUUUUCAUAGUAUGAGGUUACUCAUUUAUUUUCUGUUUCUAUUGUUUUACCUAUUACUGUUAAUAUGCAUUGUAACAUGCUAGCAAUUUGAAAAAUUCUGGUUGGUAUAUUGAACUGCAUAUGAUUUCUAAAAAUUAAAGGAAGCUUCUUGGAGAAAUAGAGUAACAAUCUCCAGUUUUUUUUUCUUUUCUUUCUAAAAGUUUAUCAGUAUCUUAAUAUACAUAUUAAGAUAUGGUUGUCUUCAAAUUUGACUGAUGUGGAUCAACACACCCAAGCUGCUGUUAACCUUUGAUCUAAAAAGGAGACUAUUUUUUACCAAAGUACCAAAAAUUUUAAGUCUUUCUCAAAAUACAUUGUUAUGCCCUCAGAACGUUUUCCACAGAGUCUGUUACAAAUGUGUGUACUGUCUUUAGAGACAGAAAUGAAUAUAAUAAACUGGUCCACUUGUUCAUUUUUAAAAUAGUAUAGAACUUACAAAAAGUUUAAAAAGAAUAAUCACUUAAUACCAUUUACAGUCUAGUAAAACAAGAUGUUUGCCAAAUUUCAGAUAUUAGAGUACUACAUGUCUGCUUCAGAGUGAACCAAACACUUUUAAAAUCUGACCUUUCAGAAGAAUGUAUUUGAAGUUUAGGAUAGAGAAGAAUAACUCUGCUAAUUAGGUAUAUCGUUAUUAUUUAUAUUUAGAAUUUACUUUUUUUACUUUCAUAAUACGUUUUAUUCCCAGUGUCACAUUUUUCAUAUAAUAAACUAUUUUUUUUCAGUACAACAGAAGCUAUGUUGUUCAGAUGUUGAAUACUACUUUUCUCCCUCCAAUUUCAUUGUUCUUUUCCUUAUCUCCUACUAUUGUAAAUUUAAUUGUAUUUAAGUGCUGCAUUUCACAGAUGUGGAAUGAGUCUGUGAUAAUCUUCUUAAGUUUACACUUUAUAUUACUGAUCAUUUUAUGUCUUUGUGAGAUACAGUGCACUUCGAAUGUAACCAAUAUUAAUUAAAAAAAGAACAUACUGAAACUGGAAAACACUUUUUUUGGAUGAUCUUUUAAUUUAACCCAAAAUUUAAGUUCACAUAUAGGUAGUACAACCAUGAAACUCGGCAUUUAAAUUUUAAAUACAUAUUUAAUAUGUUUAAAAUGUAUUUUAUCUGUCUACUACACUGAGAUGAGCCUUUUAAAAGCACAUUAAGAAAACUAUAUUCCUCAGAAAAGUGAUCUAUGUAGUCUAGUUCAGUUGUCAGUAAAGGGAACAAUGGUCUAAAUCUAAGAAUAGUUUAUGUCUGUGGUUUUGAAAUGGAUUUUAUUACUUGUGGGAUUAGAGGAGUUUUUAGAUUAUCUUAAAACCAGUUUGUAUUCCCAACUAAUAGAAAAAGGAAUCUAAAUUUUAUCCUCUGGGAAAUCUUCAGAGAGCUACAUAUUUGUUCCAUAUUUUGGCUCUUCAUAGAAUUGCCUUUGCUGCACUGUUACGCUUCUAUGCCAUUGGCUUCUAUUUAGCAAAAAAACAAUCAUCAAAACUUGUGUUUUCAGUAAAUGAGGUUUUAAGGCUGACGGCUACUAGAUCACAUAGUGUUCCCUUUUUGAGGACCCAUGGGAGAAAAUUCUCUUAAGUCUCAGUACAGUAAAUCCUGCUCUUCUCCUAAACAAUUGAUUUGUUUUUAUCUUAGACUCAGUUACUCUUAUAGGUUCUCCUCUUUGUUUUGUUUUUUGUGCAGUUCUAAGCCAAACUUUGGUUCGCCUCCAGCUGCGUAUAGAACCUAUGGGUUAUGCUUUUGUAUAGUAAAAUCAUGAAUUUAUUUUUCUAUCUUUAUUUUCUCUUAAUGCUGAUUUUCUUCCCUAUUUAAUUUAUCCUAU